UAAAACGCAGCUGCAGCAACGCACCCAGCAUUCACUGUUAGUCAAGCUCCAACACGCUAGUGCUACCGUUAGCUUCCUGCAGCUACCGUUAGCCGGCUAAACCAUGCUAAGCAGCUAGCUGUAGCCGAUUCUGCUCCAAGGUCGAUGAGAGCAAGUCUGCAUCUGAUGUUGAUCACACUGUUUGUGAAUCAGUUCCUCUGCCUGUGAUCCAGAGGAGGCUGAGGGAGGAAUCUGUAGAUGUGGGUCAGCUGCAGACAUGCAUGUUGAGGCCAUAGUCAGUCAAUAAGAUGAUAAAGGAACACGGCGACCUGUUUUCUGACUCCCAGUGUAAAGUCUGCAGUGCUGUCCUCAUUUCAGAGUCUCAGAAGUUGACUCAUUAUCAGAGCAAGAAACAUGCCAACAAAGUGCGGCGUUAUCUUUCCAUCCAGAAUGAGAAGGAGCCAACACUGAAGAAGUUCAAGUCGUCAUCAUCUGACAGUGACUGUAACAACGGAGACACGGACCGGUCGAAGGUGUGUCAUCUAUGUAACAUGACCUUCUCGUCUCCUGUGAUGGCCGAGUCUCACUACCAGGGCAAAGUUCACGCCAAGAACCUGAGGCUGAAAAACGUCGGUCCCCAGGCUCCAGCAGUUGCCUCUCAAACACCACCAACAGUCCAGCCGAAGAAGAAACCUGCAGAUGAAUUAAGCUUGCAGGCGACGGGCGGCGGCAACAACAAUGACAAUCCAGACCGGUUCUGCUCCAUCUGCCAGGCCUCCUUCAAUAACCCGCUCAUGGCACAGCAGCACUACGUGGGCAAGAAGCAUAGAAAGCAGAUGACCAAGAUGAAACUGAUGGAGACGUACGGCCCCUCCACUACGCCAGCUUCCACACUAAAGGGCUACCCAUGCACCAUCUGCAGCAUUGAACUAAACUCUGUGGAGCAGUAUCAGUCUCAUAUCAGUGGUGCCAAACAUAAGAACCAAGUGAAGAAAUCCGGCCUAAGCACUGCAGAGAACCAAGACACAGCAGACCAGUCGUACGAGGGUGACAACCAGUACGCUAGUGAAGAAAACGCCCCGGUGGACGACCAGUAUGCCCCCGCAGAUGACAUGCAGUACGAAGCUGGAGAUAACAAGUACGCUCCCGAGGACACAGAGUACUCAGAGGAGUACCAGUUUACUUGAGGCUGGCCUGGUAGGGACUGCAGAGGUUUUAGUCAGGACUCGGAAUGACACAACAACCAGCCCCCUUUAACACAUUAACAUCAACCUCCAUGGACUUUCAGCUCCUGCAAGACGCUCUUCUCAGUAGGUUUCCCACUAAAAAAAGUCACCUGGACCCUGGAAUACCCCGACAUGGUAUUUUAUCAUUAUUGCUCAAGUUUUCUCCUCCGACAGAAACAAGCUGUUGAUAUGUGGAUAAGUGAAAGGAUGGAAAGCAGUGACUCCCUUCAGCAUGUGAUUGUGGGUUCAGCAGCUGUCAUUUGUACCCACAGUCACAAUAAAAAAUGACGUCUUGGUCUGUUACAGAUGUGAAACAAUUCUCCAUGCCAGUGUACAUUACGGCUGGGUAUCGUGUGAAGUCUGUCGAUCAUGACACUACGUUACUUUAGGAAUAGAAAUCGUUUUUGUACAAAAAUCAUCUAACAAAAAAAAUUAAUAAUGAAAACGUAGGUAAAUAAAACUAGAAAUCUGACCAGGCAUUCUCUGCCAGCUUUUAAUACUCAAACCAAGUGUUUAAGUGUGAAACCCAGCCUUAGUGUACAUACCAGGAAUAUUCCAUUUUGUUUGGCCCUUGAAUCCUUUAAAGGGAUAUUUUUUUUUUUUUUUUGAAGUGGGGUUGUAUGAGUUACCUAUUGAUGUUGUGAAGGGUUAGUCCUGAUUCUCAAAAGUCACACAGUACAAACACAAAACUAAACAAUAACAGCAGCUUUAGACCAGCAACUAUGGGCUGAAAUAUGUGCCACCAGAAACUGAAUUUGAAUUAUUUAUAUUUGAAUUGCUUAACUUGAAUAAUUGCAUUAAAAAA